CCUCGCCUCCCCCAUCCCUCUUUGCGAAUUCUACACCUUGACCCAAUUUUUCUGAACGCUCAUCAUCAGAGAGAUCAUCAGCUCCAUCAUCCAACCUCAGACCCAACCACGCAUUACAGACAGAGCGCUCCGCCUUCUUUCCUGCUUGCCCUGUGCUUUCGGUUCGUCACAACUGAACAGAAAGAGAUAGAGAGCGCAUUGAGAGGCAGCAAAAUCAAAAAAAAAGAAGCAACUGUCUGUUCUUCUACACUGCCCCCAUAUCUUUCUCUCUUCCACACACACAAGAACGGGGGAAAGAUACCGGUACCUUUUACACCACAAAAAAAAAAAACACCACGCUACGUACACUACGUACACACACACACAACACGGGAGAGCCCCACUAUUUGCGAACUUGAGGAAAAAGGGAAGGGGAGAAAAAAAAAACACCAACGCACCUCCAAUUAUCGGUCGUCUUCUCCCGGCUGACUUCAGAGCCGUCCGCACUUUACACCGCACUACUGAACUACACCUGGGGUCCCUGUCACGGCUCCCCAAUUGACCUCGAGACUUUUCACCAAACCGUCCUCGACACCGCAGAUCUUUCUCCCAUUUCGACUUCGUCCCAGGGACGUACUCCAGGUCUCUCCUCCUCUUCCAUCCUGGCCAACUUGUCAAAAAUUGGGCCACCAUCUCUUUCUCUCUCUCUCUCCUCUCUCAUUCUCAUCCACAAUCCCACAUCCUCACUCACUCACUUUACACACCUCUAAACCCACGCUACGCACUACCGUGCAUCCGCUCCGCUCUCGCUGGUCUACACCUACUUCGUACACUACCUUGCACUACGGAGUACCUCACUACUGUACCUCAACCUGGUCGUUCCCUCCCUCAAGGCUCCUCCUCCUCAGCCUGCCCCCCGGUCCUAAUCUGAACCAUCCUGCUACCCUACCUAAUCGCCCCCAACCCUGUCCGCCUCGGCCUCUUUCCCACGGGAUAUUGGCGCUGUCGAUCACUCUGAGUCGGAGUCGUCACAGCUGUCUGCAGAGAACGAGUCUCCACACGACUCUCCCAUGUCCCGCUGACCACUGUGCAACAAGCUUCAUACGACUCUUGCCUGGUCGGCCCAAACGAUUGGUCUCAGCUCUCAACUGGUUCAAAUACUCGUGUGUCAGUAGUCCACAGGCACACACUUAAACCUCGCUGAUCCCCCAACCUCAACUCACCCAAUUCCCACGGGAUCAUCCAGUUCUAUCUGAUCCGUAACACGACUUGGCUCUUUCUCAAAGCCGUUGCACUUGCAUCCGAUCAGCAAACGCUAUUCCACCGGACAUCUACCUUUGUUGACGCUCAACCUCGUCAUCCCAUCUCACCACCACCACUGCAAUCUCUCAUCACCACCAUCAUCAACACCGCCAAACCAUACCAUCAUGACUAUGACAUUAGAUUCUCAGCAACGAUUCGGACCCUUAAACACAUUCGACCACAUGUCUUCCUACGCACAUUCAUCCUCCUCCUCCCCCCAGUUCUCAAACCCGUGGGCAAACACUUCAUCACCUCAAGCUCCUCAGGGCUUGUAUGCCCCUCACCACGGUCACUCUCUCAACUCGGGUCUGGGUUUGGACAGGUCACACACUGCUAGGACUAGCACCAGCAGCAAUGCCUCAUCUUUGGGUUCUUAUGGACAGAUCCCAGUGACGGCAGCUUCAGCAGGUAGUCUCCCCAUGGCAGACCCUCUGCCUAGGUCGGACUUACUCACUCUUCCCCAAGAUAUCCUCAGUAUCAACCGCAUGGCUGCCACCUCGGCCCCUGCCUACGGUGAUGCUCCCUACGCGACCGCCGCUUCCCCCGUCAACGCCACUUACACGGCUUCUCCCAGCCCCUACGAGACCAUGGGCUACGCACCUGCUCCCAUGCGCUCUACUUUCGCCCUUGCUCCGGAACCCGAACACUCUCGGAGAUUCUCUCACUCAGGAAUUCACCACCACGAUGAGCGCAGGAGCUUCGCUGAUGCCCUCGACGCAAGCCACGGCAUGCUCGCCAUGAGCCAAGAGACCCCCCGUAACAUCUAUGGUGCCCGUAGCGACAGGGCUUCAGGUGACUCGUACGGCUUCCCCUCAACGCACUCUACCAGCUCUUCCGUAUCCUCCGCUUCUGGAUUCGGCAACUACUAUGGCGCCGACUCUGUUAGCGACUACUCUACUGCCGGCUCAGACAUCGAGUCUGUCACCUCCCGGACCCUUCCCAGGCCCCAUGGACUCAUGGCGCCCCAGAUUCCGCCUGCGCCCCAAUCCAUGAUGGGCCAGUUCAGCUCCAAGGUGUCGUCCAGCACGCAGAAGAAGCACAAGUGCAAGGUUUGCGACAAGCGCUUCACUCGCCCUUCUUCUCUUCAGACGCACAUGUACAGCCACACUGGCGAGAAGCCCUUUGCCUGCGAAGUCGAAGGUUGCGGUCGUCACUUCUCCGUAGUCUCAAAUCUGCGGAGGCACAAGAAGGUUCACAAGGGCGACGCUCGCUCCGAGGCUGGUUCUGAAGACCACCACUCCGAUUAAUCGGACUCAACUCGCCAUACCCACCUGUACAACAAGCUGUAACGGCAACAUUGUUGUCCUCGAAACAAUCCUCGGCGAGUAGGAUUAGUACGAGCUCACGAGUUUUCCCGGUUCGAGUCAUGACCAACAGUCUAUACCCACUCUCGACACCAAAACCCCCUCCACAUCUGCGCGUGGCUCGAUAACGGGGUUGUGAUUUUUCAAAAUUUCUUAUAGACGGUCUUCGUUUUUUCAUCGGUUUUCACACGAUACCAUUCUUACAAUCGUUAUAAUAUCCAUCUAUCUGCGAGCGAAAGAGACAAAAGUCAGGCGGCGGCAAAGGAAUUGGCGGGCGGGUUGUCACUUUCGGAUCAUCGUCAUAAAGGGUGUCUCAUGAUAUGUUGGAGAUCUUUUUACCAAUUUUUUUGGCUUAUUUUUACCUGCGACUAUUCGAGCCCGCGGGCUCCGGAACGAUGCGGCAGAAUCGACGGCACCUCAUGGUUGUGAGGUACGCAUGGGAAAGGGGGAAACUGCAGGAGGAGAAAGGGGAACAAGGGCGCGGAUUCACUUCGUUGUCGAUCGCUCAACCCCACACCAUACAACCCCCAGGAUACGGGUCUGGUUGGUGGCUGGACCAACCACAUUCUUGUGCAUUUUCGGUUUUCAAAUGUUCGAAAGAGGAAGAAGAUCUCCAAGAGGUCACGGAGGACCUGGCGAUACCCUCACCCUUGGCGUUGAACGGCUACUGGGCUGCACUCUUGUUGUUUUCUGCGUUUUGUUUUUUUCGUCAUCUUGUUACUUUGUUGCGCGCUCAUCAUGUCAUUUCCGCCCGUUGGGAUUUUCCACCAAAAGGGUCCUUUUUCUUAGAUGACGAACCAGAGGUUGGUGCCUUGGCGGCACACCUCGCAAAAACUCGACCCUGUUCCCAAACCGGGAGGGCGACUUGUACUAUUAGCUUCCACACACGAUGACUAUACCCAUCUUACUAAGAAAUGCCACUGCAUUUUCUAGUUUGCAUCGUCGAGGACAUACUUUUUCCUUUUGAACUUUUGAGACUCCCUGCUCCAUGUCCCGCGUGACUUGAGCGGCGAAGGCGGCGGCGGCGGCGAGCAAAGCAAUGGGUUGUGAUUUAAGGAAACCAGCCUGGUGGAUUGGCUGGUAUUGUCACUGGAUAUGGGUAUCAACGCACAUAGUACAUUGCGAACAGUAAAAUAUAAUAGUAGUACGAAGAAUUUCAAGAAAGAAUAUUC